AUGUUUAACCUUGACGCCUCGCGAGUCGUUGCAGUGUUCGACGCCGACUAUUUCUACUGUCAGGUGGAGUUGAACGCAGUUGGCGACGAGUCUCUCCGUUCAAAGCCCGCUGCAGUUUUCCAAAAACACCUUGUGGUGACUUGUAACUAUGAGGCUAGGAAAUACGGUGUUGGCAAACUAAUGAGAGUAGACGAGGCGAAGCGUCUCUGCCCAGAGCUCGUCCUCUUUUGCGGAGAGGACCUGACACCGUAUCGCGAUGCCCAGGAGCGGAUUUGUGAAGCACUCGAAGAAAAGCUGAGGUCGCUCGACGAAGUGGGUCGGGAGCAUCGUUGCGAAACGGUAGGUUUAGACGAAUAUAUUUUUGAUUUAACCGCGGUAGUGGAUCGACGCCUCCGCUCCAUGAACGCAGAGUGCGCCCAGAAAGGCCCUUUGAACGAAUACGUCGGCGCAGUCUUUCCUCGUGACUUUAUGCCCGAGAGUUUGCAACCUGAUAUUUGCCUCGUAGGCCCCGAGGAAGAGCUCAGACUUGCGCUUGGGUCUGAUAUCGCCAAAAAUAUGCGGGAUGCGGCGUUCGAACGAACAGGAAUAACGAUAUCCUGUGGGGUGGGUUUCAACAAAAUGCUCGCCAAGUUUGCUGCGAAUAUGCAUAAGCCGAAUGGGCAAACUACCUUUGUGCCCACUGUGAGGGCCGACUCAUGGCUCUCCGAACUCGAGCUACGAUCGCUUCCAUACGUGGGACGUCGCUUCGAACGCCUGCUUUCGGAGGAGCUACAUGUUCGAACGGUGAAAGAACUCCGAACGCGUUUCGAUUCUCCAUUAACGCUCGAACAUGCAAUACGAAAAACAUUCGGAAAGUUUGCAGCAGUCUUUGCGAAGCGAGCACGAGACAUUUGGUUGGCAGCGCGAGGGGAUUUCCCAGAGGAGGUAUAUUCUCGAGGUCCCCUUCAGCGUAUACAUGUAGAGGAUUCCUUCCCAGGACUGGAGCUCUUCUCUGCGGCAUUUCAUGAGAAGCUGUAUGCACUUGCGCUCGCUUGUGUAACGAGAAUGAAGCAUCAUGGCCAACAGUAUGGUCGGCUGCCACGCCGAGUGGCGGUAUACUGGCGUCUUGGUAAGGGAAGCCGACGCUCUCGCAGUACCCGGAUGCAUUCAGCGCUGCAAGCUGCAAUUAGGCGUUUGGUAUCAACCUCUAGCUUUGGCAUUAUAGAACAAGCUCAGAGGCUACUUUUCUCGCAGGCACUGCAGCUUCUCCAGAAAAAUCUGGACGAUUGUACUGAGCAAAGAUGCACGCUUGUCGGCAUUGGAUUCUCGGAAUUUAUCUCUUAUCGACAUACCGAGCCUUCUUCGCUACUUCAAUCAGCGCUCGAUAUGGAGAGAGAGCGGCAGUGCGAGGCUGUCUUUCUGCUGCCGAGGGGUCCUAUUGCGCCCCUCGGAACCGCUGCUGAACCGGAACGGAUAAGCGUCGUAGAGUCGGCAACGGUCUGCAAUGAGCGCAGCUCACAGGCCGUUGGGUUCCCUGAGAAUACUGGGAGCACCCCUGGACGAGUCUCAGAAAGCUUGCAUGCGCUCGUAGGACCGGACGUGUGUUCAAUGUGCGCAAGUAAAUGCGGGAUGCUCCUUGGAAACAAUGAUCCGCUCGCCCAAGCUUUCAUACGAAACGAAAAUGCGUCUGGGAAGCGAACGCGAUUGAACACCGAUUCAUCGAUACUCGCUGACGGCGAUGGUGGUCCUGUACGCGGCCACCCUUUGAUGGGCGACUCGAAUAGUGCAACGGAAUUAGCACGCCAGAGGUCAACGCUUCUUCCCAGGGGCCGAUCCUGUGCUCCUGCGCAGUUUGACAUUCGCCUCUGGGUCUCCGCGAAGCCUGCGCCCGCACCUUGUUCAGAUGCAAAUGCUGCAGCAUCUCUGGUUCCCAGUAGCAGGAGCUCCACGACGGCGACAUUUCUCGAUCGAUGGCUUAGAUCCGCCAACUUCAAAUAG